AUGGACGAUACUCUAGGCUUUAGUGAGCAAGAGAAAAAGCCAUCUGAAGAAUGGCAUUUAGGAGAAGGAGAGGAAAGCAUGUCUUCUGUGGCUUCUCGGUUCGGUCCUCAAAAUCAAGAUCUACAAGUAAUACAAAAGAAGGAAAUCCCGAUGGACCGACCAGUUAUCGCAGCUACAAAAUGGGAGAGGUUGGCGUACUAUAGAAGUUUUGCAACCAGUCAGACCAAAACACAAUUCUUGUGUAUGCAACAAGAAGACUUUAGGACGUACCUGCUGAACUACCUGAUUAACGUAUUUAUGAAGAGUUUUCCAACGACUUACGUGUACACAUUUUUUAGUGCUUAUUCGCCGGAUAGUCACUUCUUCAUAUCAAAGAUUUUGCCCAUAGCUUACGGUUCUACAAUCGCCUUCAUAGUUUCAGCUUUUAUUGAAUUGGUCAUGGUCACAUUGAACACUGCAAACUACUUGCAUUACUUUAUUGUGGGAUUGGUGUACCAUAGUCCGUGGAACAGAUACUGCGAUAACUUCUUUUCACGCUGUAAUAAUGUAUUUUGUUUUUAUUUUAUCGUUCUUUGGAUCGGAGCUGCAGCAUCUUAUACUUUGUUUUUCAAGAAAUUCUUAUGGAAGAUAUUGAAUUUAACUCAAAUGUUCUUAAACAUUAUACUAUUUGUGACGUUUAUCCAUUUGACGACAGUGUACUUUGAAAAGGGUUUUCGGAAGUUUGGAACGUAUGAGACGAAAAUUCUGGAGGUGAUGCAGAAUUCAGAUAUUGAUUUGCUCUCAGAAUCUAUGACAGCACCACCUAUAAUACACAUUUUAUCAUCGAGGAGCUCUGAAGAGAAUAGGCCAACACAAGACAGUGCUAUCAUAGUCACAUCUAACGCAAUCUACUAUACCUUCCGAGGCUUCGUUGCUUAUUUGCUGAAGCUAUAUUGUGAUAACGUUAUGAACACUUCGCUUCAAGACAGCUAUUUCAGUUCCCAAUCACUAUUUUAUUUAUGGCCGAUCUACUUCUCACAAUUUUAUCUUGGCGACCUAUUUGGAAUAAUGUUCUUCUUAUUGAAUUUUAUCAAUGAAUAUUUGGUUAUAGUGAUAACUCUUCAAUGUUUAAUAGAAGCAAUUCUAAGCGAAUGGCGUUGGCUGAGACCGUGGAUGGUUAUUAUCACUUUGAGUGUGCUCGGAGUCACUUCCUUUUACUUUACUUCUUCAGUGUUUUUCGAAACUAUGUACGUCUUUUGUACAUCUGUGGUGACACUAUUUGAAAUUAUAAUUAUAUUCUACAUCUAUCCUCUAAGCAGAUUGGUGGACGAUAUGACGUUCUUCAAUGGAAUACGCCCCACUAAAUUGCGACUUUUGACAUUUUGGGCUGCGCCUUGUUUUUAUAUGUUGAAAUUCUACAUGAUGAUAACAGGAUUUCUUACCAUCGUCAAAUUCACGAAUUUGGCGCAAGAGUAUCCGAAUUACGACAAAUUUAUUUACAGUUUGGCUAUUCCGUUGGUCACUGGCGCCAUCUUUGCUAUUUAUAAAUAUGUGUUUAUUAUGAAAAUGGGCUGGAUGCAGCUUUUUAAGCCUCUACCAAACUGGGGCUUAAAAUAUUUUGCUACAAGACAACUGAGAAAGCGCUACGAUUCUCGAUUUUACGUGAAAUCGCAAGUGCCGCGUGAGUUAAGCCGGUAUCUGAUACAGAAAUCUGAGCUCAACGAAUACAAGCUAGAUGUGCGGUAUGACAUUAUAUCGCAACGACCAAGCCAAGCAAUCGCUCAAUUAGACGUCGAAGACGAAAAAAAGGGUUUGUAA